UCUACAAGGAGUUUAUAUUUAUCCAACUUGUGUGCUCCUGCUGCAGCGUGAGGACAGUUCUGCGCUUUUAUUCUGGCUUCGAGAGGGUUUGGAUUCAUCCAGCAGUGAUCUCGAUGAUGGACUGCGAGUUCUAACAUGGACUGAUUUGUUUAAAGUUGUGGCAAAAAUGGCAGAUAGCGAGGUCAAAACCUUGCUGAAUUUUGUCAAUUUGGCAUCCAGUGACAUCAAGGCCGCACUGGACAAAUCAGCUCCAUGCAGACGCUCUGUGGAUCACAGGAAAUAUUUGCAGAAACAGCUAAAGCGCUUCUCUCAGAAGUACUCCAGAGUACCAAGAUGCCACACACACAGGUCUGCAGAGUACGGAUGCACCAAACCAAUGGGGACUGUUCAACACAGUGUGAAGGUCGCAGAAAAGGCCCAUUCAGAUGCACAAGAUGUGGAGAACAUGGGCAGCGCAGUGGAGCAGCUGCCCAUGAGGAAACGCCAACUACCAGCCUCGUUUUGGGAGGAACCCAAGUUGACCCAAACUGAGAGAGAGAACUCAUAUUUAGGAUUUAAAAAGAGUCCGGGGGGCACAUCUGAGGGUGGUGAAAAUGAAAAGAGGAAAAGGAGUUACGAUGAAGAUACAAAGGUCACGCUAUCUGCGCCCAGUCGGCGCAUCUUUGCAGACAAAGAGACGUUGAAAUUGGACCUGACCUCUCAUCACUGUGUGAGCGUAUGCAGCUGCUGCCCCUUCCAGUACCACGGACACCAGGUCCUCCACAGUCACAUUGUUGUCCCCCAUCCGCCACUGGGACUGUGGAGCAAAGCAGCAGGGACUGAGACAGGAAGACCUGAGCAUUCAUUUGGACAGAAAAUUCACACACACGUUGUGGUUAAACCAAUACCGACCAAACCCACCGUCCAGUCACCAAUCUUCAGUGUGUUUGGAUUCAUUUAAUUACUCUGCUAAUGAACCCAUCUCAUUCAAAAAUGUAAAUAGGACUAAUUAUUUUCAUUUUGUGUUCUACACAGCUUCUUCCUCUUUCGGUAUUUGAACAUGAAACACUUUCUCAAGCACUUACUGAAAUGCUUCAUCUAUUUUUAUUGUUGAAAUCUAAAGGACUAAAUUGCACUUGCAGAAUAACUUCGUCUCACUUUUUCCAUUCUGAUGCCACCAAGUAUUUAAACACUGACAGUAAAUUAAAAGGUCUUUAACUUUAGGUUUCCACAGAGAAUGGCAGUUCUUUUUUAAGUACCAAAAGUCAUGCAAAUGAAUGAACGCAUCCUGUUUUAGUUUCCUCUUUCAACAGCGAGAACAGAAUGUGGGGCAUAGAUCUUUCUCUUUGUUGAAGUAAUGGGUGAUGGGCAGAUCUGAAGCAAUGCCUUUUAUUUUUAAAUAAACGAUUCAACAUCCCUCAAGAAAUUCGUUGGGCUUUAUAUCAUUUUUACUUUCACUGAAGGUUUCUGUGAGGAAAAAAACAUUUUAAAUGACAGAUCAAAAAACUGUAUUGUCACAUGACAUAUGUUAUAAAUAGAUCAUUUAUGCAUAGAGACCCGCUCUGACAGGGCCAUUUACAGACUCAGGAUAUCAGACACAACUAAAAAAAGACCUCCAAAAACAUAUUUAG